CACUCUUCACUACCAAAAACAUCUAUCCUCACAACAAACUGAACAAGCUCAAGUAACGAAAUCAAAGCAUGGGAAGGCUCAAGUCUCUGGUUAUCUUGGCUUUGCUUUUUUCCCUCUCUUUCGUUGUUUUUGCCGACUCAUCCAAGGAUGCUUCUACACAUGCUAAGGAUGAAGUGAAGCCAAGUGAAGCGACCGAUGCCCAGGCUGCGGAGGCCGUGGCCAAGGAUGUUGUUGCAGAGCCCCAGCAAGGACGAUGGCCUGGUGGUUGUAGGUACGGAUGUUGCGGUGGCUGGUUUUUUGGACGGUGCAACUACUGUUGUCGUAGUCCACAAGCCGAGGAGACCGUGGAAACUGAAGCUGUUGAGGCCAACGUUGUUGAACCUCAGCAGGGGGGUCGUGGUGGCUGUAGAUACGGAUGUUGCGGAUCCUGGCGUUACGGACGGUGCAGCUACUGUUGUCGCAGUCCACAAGCCGAGGAAACCGUGGAAACCGAAGCUGUUGAUGCCAACGUUGUCGAACCUCAGCAGGGGGGUCGUGGUGGCUGUAGAUACGGAUGUUGCGGAUCCUGGCGUUAUGGACGGUGCACCUACUGUUGUCGCAGUCCACAAGCCGAGACCGUGGAAACCGAAGCUGUUGAUGCCAACGUUGUAGAACCUCAACAGGGGGGUCGUGGUGGCUGUAGAUACGGAUGUUGCGGAUCCUGGCGUUAUGGACGGUGCAGCUACUGUUGUCGCAAUCCACAAACCGAGACCGUGGAAACCGAAGCUGUUGAUGCCAACGUUGUUGAACCUCAGCAGGGGGGUCGUGGUGGCUGUAGAUACGGAUGUUGCGGAUCCUGGCGUUAUGGACGGUGCAGCUACUGUUGCCGAGGUGCUCAAGCGGAGUCUGAAGGGCAGAAAAAGGAAGAAGCUAAGCCAUGAAUGGUGUGUAAAACAAACUCUAUGUUUGUAUGCAUGGAUGCAUGGUUUAUAUUACUGUUUCGUACGUAUGUCAAAAUAAGGAAAAAGUGUUGCUAUAAAGUCUAUAGAUCAAUAAAAAAAUGUCGUAGGUUCAUAUAAUAUGUGUUUUGUUAUGUAGUGUUUUCGUCGUGAAGAUUGUAAUAAUAACUACUGUUUAAAUACUAAA